AUGGCUGCUGCACGCCGCUGCCUCUCCCUGCUCUUCCUGUCCACGUGUGUGGCUCUGUUGCUGCAGCCGCCGCUGGGUGUCUCGGGGGCCCCACUGGAGCCAGAUUACCCAGGGGACAACGCCACGCCAGAGCAGUUGGCCCAGUAUGCGGCCGAGCUCCGCAGAUACAUCAACAUGCUGACCAGGCCCAGGGAGCUCAGCCAGAUGGACGUGUAA